AGACAAAUCGGCGCCGACGUCAUUUCCCUCCGUAUUUUUUUCUUCUCUCGCCGGCAUCGUUAAUUUGUCUGUUGUUCUUGAACAUAAGAAUCUCUAAUCACACCAUAAAAAAAUGCAAAAAUUUUCAAUUUCCUCUUCUUUUUUAAACCCUAAUUUCACAAUCACCAUCCUUCUGUUAUACCACUGCCAUCAUGGAUAUGAAUUUUCCUCUGCUUCCCGCUAUUUCGCUCUUAUUGCUGGUGUUUUUCAGUACUGUACUCUCCGUUGCUCAGUCUUCAACGAUCGGCGUCGGUUACAUUUCGCGCCUUCUCGAGAUUCAAGAACGCGAGCGAGCUCCUCCGUCAGUACAAGUAGCUGCAGCUUAUGGAGUUCUUAAUCGGUUGAUUCCUUCUCAUUCUUUUGCUUUCCAGUUACGGAUUGUCUCCAAGGAGCAAUGUGGUGGGGAAUCUUGUUUUAUAAUUGAAAAUUAUCCGUUCGUAACUGGCUCUGGUGCUCCUGAAAUUGUAAUUUCUGGGGUGACUGGAGUGGAAAUCUUGGCUGGUUUGCAUUGGUAUUUGAAGUAUUGGUGUGGUUCCCACAUAUCUUGGGAUAAAACUGGUGGUGCGCAACUUGAUUCGAUACCUAAAUUAGGUUUUCUUCCUCGUGUUCGACAUGGCGGUGUGUUGGUUCAAAGACCUGUUCCUUGGAAUUAUUAUCAGAAUGCUGUUACAUCUAGUUACACCUUUGCAUGGUGGGACUGGAAAAGAUGGGAAAAAGAAAUUGAUUGGAUGGCUCUUCAAGGAAUCAACCUGCCAUUAGCCUUCACCGGGCAAGAGGCUAUUUGGCAAAAAGUUUUUAAGAAAUAUAACAUAAGCAAUGUGAACUUGGAUGAUUUCUUUGGGGGUCCUGCAUUUCUUGCCUGGUCACGUAUGGGUAAUUUGCAUAGGUGGGGCGGACCAUUGCCACAGAGUUGGUUUGAUCAACAAUUGAUUCUGCAGAAGAAAAUUCUUACAAGAAUGUAUCAACUUGGAAUGAAUCCAGUCCUUCCAGCCUUCUCUGGAAAUGUUCCUGCAGCACUGAAAAAUAUAUUUCCUUCAGCAAAGAUAGCACGCUUAGGAAAUUGGUUUUCAGUCAAGACUGACCAUAGAUGGUGCUGCACCUAUCUUCUUGAUGCAACAGAUCCUUUGUUCAUUGAGAUUGGAAGUGCAUUUAUUGAGGAGCAACUGAAAGAAUAUGGAAGCUCAAGCCACAUAUACAACUGCGACACAUUUGAUGAGAAUACACCACCUCUUGACGACCCAGAGUACAUUUCAGCAUUAGGUGCAGCAGUCUUUAAGGGAAUGCAAAAUGGUGAUAGGGAUGCUGUCUGGUUGAUGCAGGGUUGGCUGUUCUCUUAUGAUCCUUUCUGGAGACCUCCACAAAUGAAGGCACUUUUACAUUCCGUUCCAGUGGGAAGAUUGGUGGUUCUCGAUCUGUUUGCUGAAGUGAAACCCAUAUGGAGUGCAUCAAAUCAGUUUUACGGUGUUCCUUACAUCUGGUGUAUGCUGCACAACUUUGCAGGAAACUUGGAGAUGUAUGGGAUUUUAGAUUCAGUAGCUUCUGGACCAGUUGAAGCCCGCACAAGUGAAAACUCCACAAUGGUUGGUGUGGGAAUGUCGAUGGAAGGUAUAGAACAGAACCCCAUUGUGUAUGAUCUCAUGUCUGAAAUGGCAUUUCAACAUAAGAAAGUUGAUGUCAAGGUAUGGAUUGAUCUAUAUUCAACAAGGCGCUAUGGUCAAUCAGUUCCUUUAAUACAAGAUGCGUGGAUUAUAUUGUAUCACACAAUUUACAAUUGCACUGAUGGUGCCUAUGACAAAAACAGGGAUGUAAUAGUAGCAUUCCCCGACAUUGAUCCAUUCUCAAUCUCAGUACGAAAGAAUAGGCAUCACUACAACGGCAAACCAGUGUCUAGAAGGGCGGUCUUAAAAGAAAAUUCUAAUUCAUAUGAUCAUCCUCACAUAUGGUACUCGACUUCUGAAGUUUUGCAUGCAUUAGAACUUUUCAUUUUAUGCGGGGAGGAACUAUCAGGAAGCAGCACUUACCGUUAUGACUUAGUUGACCUGACAAGACAAGUCUUGGCAAAAUAUGCAAAUGAGCUGUUCUUGAAGAUCAUAGAAUCCUACCGAUCAGGCGAUGGCUAUGAAGUUGCUAAUCGAAGUCAGAAGUUCCUCGAUCUUGUCGAAGACAUGGAUAUACUCUUAGGAUGCCAUGAAGGGUUUCUUUUAGGACCUUGGUUAGAAAGUGCGAAGCAACUUGCUCAAGAUGAAGAACAAGAAAGACAAUUUGAGUGGAAUGCAAGAACUCAAAUAACAAUGUGGUUCGACAACACAGAGGACGAAGCAAGUCUUCUUCGUGAUUAUGGGAACAAGUACUGGAGCGGUCUUCUGCGAGAUUACUACGGCCCUCGAGCAGCUAUCUAUUUCAAAUACUUAAUCAAAAGCUUAGAAAACGGACAUGGUUUUGCAUUAAACGAUUGGAGAAGAGAGUGGAUAAAGCUCACAAACGACUGGCAGAACAGUAGGAAAAAAUUUGCAGUAACGAGUAAUGGAAAUGCUGUGACCAUAGCCAAGUGGCUCUACAGCAAGUACUUGCGCAGCCCAGAUACGUAUGAUCAUUAAACUGAAACCUGUCUUGAACUAUAUAGUUUAUCUCAAACUAAAUGCAUGUAACAACUUGGAAAGUUCCAUUACUUCUAGUAAUUGAAAUAAAUAUUCUGUUA